GGGGGAGGCAAGCGGUGGGGGGGAAUUGUUUGGGAGUGUAAUUCUGAGGCCUGCUGUCCUCACGGCGUUUGGCCUGAGGGAACCGGCUCGGCCGGACCAUGAGCUGUCGGGGGGCGCUGCCAAGCGAGCGAGGAGCGAGACAGAGGAAGAGGAGACGAAAUGGCACAGAGGAGGAUGGGCCCAUCCCACAAACAAAACGCAGUAGCAGAAAUGCUGUUUUUCAGGAUUCCUGGGAUACAGAGUCCUCCAGCAGUGAAAGCGGCAGUACCAGCAGUUGCAGUAGCAGCAGCAGCAUAAGCAGCCCUGACAGAGCUAGUGGGCCAGAAACCAGCCUACACCAGAUCCCAGGAUCAAGUCCUGUGACACCUCCUCAGUCUUUCCAUGAGCAGUCUGCACUAUGCCAAGGUCCUUACUUCCACAUCAACCAGAUCCUGAAGGAAGCACACUUCCAUAGCUUACAGAGCAGGGGCCGUCCUGCAACAUGAUGAGCCCAGCAGUUCCCUGCCUUCUGUGAAGGGGGACAGCACUGUGUGAUGAGAUAUUUCAACUUAAAAGUUUGUUAAAAUUGCACAAAAUGCCUGUUGCUUUUUCAGUCUGUAUUUGGAAUAACAGGUUAACAGGCAAUUGUUUACUUGUGGUUUGCUGCACUAUUGCAAUGCAAAAGGGGCUUUGGAGCAAUUUUUAUAGGAUUCUUUUGGGUUGGGUGGAGGGUGGAUAUCUUUGACAUGUCUUGAUGGGUCUAAGAAUCCACUUCUGUAUUAUAGGAGUGCAUAAUGAGUCCAGUCUGACUUCUUAAUCUGUUCAUUAGUUACUGAUGCUUUAUGUAAAAUCCUUUCAAACAUUUGUGUUCAGUUUUAUAAGUCUUUUUUAAUUUCAAUAAAUAGUGAAUAUGUUUUUAUGGUAAAUUAAUCUUUUGAAAGGUUGAAUAUUCCUAUGUAUUAUGGCUUAUUUGAAAAUGCUGAUAAGACACUAUAGAGUAGUUGGUGGUUUUAUUGAAGUCAGAACAGGAGGGCAAAAAGGCUUGUGUGUGUUUUUACUGUAUUCAAACAGGAGCUGUUCCCUUGAUUAUGUACUGAACUGGGUUGGCUUUAUGUUUAUCUCAAUACAUUCAGUUAUUUAAAUUAGAAGUUUUCUGUAUUUUCUAAAAUACAGAUCCUACAUCUUUA